GUCACGUGUGAGCCUAUCAUGUGACAAAUGCCUUCAAAAUUUGCAGCAAGUUGUUUUUGUCUUCUUAGAACACUUCUCAUUCCACCUAUUACAUCUGCCUUCAUAAAACUGCGAGGUUUUGAGAGGAGUAUGCAGCAGUACCCAGAGCUCUAAUAACAGCUGAACUGUUUUUGCCUCCCUAAAGCCAUCUAUUCACAAUGACUCUUCAAAUGGGGGUCUUGUUUCUAGCAUUGCUGGGCCUGAGCGCAGCAUUGAUCUGCCCUGAUGGAGGCAUGUGUGAAGAUAAAAACACCUGCUGCAAGAACACUCAGGGAGGUUAUGGCUGUUGUCCGCUACCACAUGCAGAGUGUUGUUCAGACCACCUUCACUGCUGCUACCAGGGGACCGUGUGUGAUCUGGUCCAUCAAAAAUGUAUUAAUAAAACCGUUUCACUUCCAUUGAUAAAGCGACUUCCGAGUAAGCAGAUAUCAUCUCCCUCUCAGCUCAUCAGCGGAAUAAAGGCGGUCAUGUGUCCGGACCAUGAGUCGGAGUGUCCUAAUGACACCACCUGCUGCCAGCUUUAUGAUUCUUCUUGGGGUUGCUGUCCGUUACCCAAGGCAGUUUGCUGUGAGGAUAAACGCCACUGUUGCCCUGGAGGAUCAAAAUGCGAUCUCGUCCAUUUAAAGUGUGUUUCUUCGUCACUUGGGUCAUUCCCGAUGCUGGAAAAACUACCAGCAAAAAGAUCAAAGGAUAGGCCAGUUUCUGUGGCUGGUUCAAUAAUUUGUCCUGAUGGGAAAAGCAGCUGCCCAGAUGGUUAUACAUGCUGCGUCCAGGCCAGCGGACAAUACGGCUGCUGCCCUUACCAAGAGGCCACAUGUUGCAAUGAUCAUCUCCAUUGUUGUCCAAGCAACACAACAUGUGACCUAAAGCAUGGAGUCUGUAAGUCUGGAGGGAACGAAGUGCCACUGACAAAGAGGAUUCCUGCUGUGUCCCGUGAUGUGGAGUGUCCAGAUAAGAAAACGGUCUGUCCUGAUCAGACAACCUGUUGCCAGUUGACCAACGGAUCGUUCGGCUGCUGUCCAAUGCCUGACGCUGUCUGUUGUUCAGACCACAUUCACUGCUGCCCUUCAGGGACAAAAUGUGACCUGACACACAGCACCUGUGUGUCCGUCCAGGAAAACCCUCCCUUGCCCAUUAAGAAGCUCCCGCCCAUGACGGACCAGAGGCCAGCGCAGAGCAAAGUCCAUGCUGUUUCUUGUAAUGCCUCUGUGGCCUGCGCUGACGGAAACACCUGCUGUAAAUCCCCAACAGGAAAGUGGGCCUGUUGUCCUUUACCUCAGGCUGUGUGUUGCGAGGACCACCUGCACUGCUGUCCCAGUGGCACUAUCUGUAACCUGGCAACCUCCAUGUGUGAUCAUCCCUCAGGUGUAGCGCUGAUGCCGCUGCUCCCCAAUACGCCCGUCUUUCCUCUGCUGACAGAAAACAGCAAGUGUGAUAAAUCCACGUCGUGUCCCGGUAAAGCUACCUGCUGCAAGACGGCGAGUGGGGGAUGGGCCUGCUGUCCUCUACCCGAGGCUGUCUGUUGUGACGAUCACAUCCACUGCUGUCCUCACGGCUCUGUUUGCAACUUGGAGACUGAAACUUGUGACGACUCCUCUGGUGUCUUUCCGCCGCUUCCCCUGCUGACCAAAGUUCCCGCUUUGACCAGUCGAGUUCAACAGGAGAAACUCAUGUGUGACGGUCAGACCAGCUGCCCAAAAGACACGACCUGCUGCUUCAUGGAGAGAACCCACAAAUGGGGCUGCUGCCCUCUGCCGGAGGCAGUGUGUUGUAAAGAUGGAAUCCACUGCUGCCCCAGUGGACACACUUGUGACCCCCACCGGUCCUUGUGCUCCAGCGGCCCUCAUCGAAUUCCCUGGUCCACCAAACUUGGCGCUCUGACCGAGCUGCGUGCGUCGUCCGACGUUAAAUGCGACAACAGAAGCAGCUGUGCCACAGGAACGACCUGCUGCAAACUGCCUAGCGGCGAGUGGGGCUGUUGCCCGUUGCUGAAGGCGGUUUGCUGCCCUGACCACGAGCACUGCUGUCCUCAGGGCUACACAUGCAACAUGGAGACUAAAACAUGUGAGAAGAAAGGCUACAAUUUGCAGCUCACUCCUGCUCUUCUGAGUAAAGUGGAAGAGUCUGCGUUGAAAGAGGCAGUGGAGGAAACAAACGUACAAUGUGACGGCACCGGAGUGUUUCUCUGCCCCCCAAAAUCCACCUGCUGUAAGAUUUCCGCUACAGAGUGGAGCUGCUGUCCCUUUGUCAAGGCUGAAUGCUGUGCAGACAUGAAGCACUGCUGUCCUGUUGGGUAUUCAUGUGACCUGAAGGCUGGAGGUUGCAUUCCACAGACCCAGCUGACCUGGGAUACUUUGCUGGGGGUCAGACAUAAAGACUCGGUCCAUAGUGGACUCUAAUCUGGCAGAUGACCUGCACCACGGAAUCCUUUCCAUCAAUCCAUUGCUUGUUACUGUGGACAAAGUGGUUACUUUUUGGUUACUCUUAAUUGCGUUUUAUUUUUUUUUUUUGAAGUGUAGUGAUUGGGAAGAGGUUUUGCUUUUAUGGGCAUUCUGUUUAUUGAGCAAGUCUCUCUCCAUUUAAACUUAUUUCAAGACUGAAUGGGGAAUUGAGUUCAUCUUCUGCACCAUGUUUGUAAAUCAACCCAGAUGUAGAGGAAGCUUUUAUCUGCAACAGUAGGUGGGAAUGCAGUAAAUUCACAUUCAAUUAGUACGAAACGCAAAUAUUUAAUACAUUGCACAAAAGUGAAACAAUAAAGCAAACAUUUAAAUUUAUACAUAAAUUCAAGAGGCUAAAGUGAGAAUAUUAUGUAUAUUCCAAAUAAAGAGAGCCCAGAAACAUCAGGUAAAAUGUCAAUAAUUUUUCUGAAAAUAAAUUUCUGUUGUCUUUGGAUCGGAGUUACAGAAAAUCUAAAGCAUCAGCUUAGUUUAAGAAAAUGCAUCUUGUGCAUCUUGUCUGACAAGGGAGUUCUGUUUGUACACUAAGAGGAACAGAUGUUCACAAAAUCAAGCCUGGUUAGAUCACCAACUGCAGGCCUGAAAGUUUCACUGUGCAGCUGCCAUCAGCUCUGUCCAUCCCGUUGGCUCUGCUGACUGUCUAGUUUCAACACUGUUAUUAGUAUUAGAGGUUUUUUUUUUUUUUUUUUUUGGUAAUUUUAAAAGUUUGACAACAUACAUUGGAUUGGUUAAUAGCUCCAAAAGGUUGUUUUAAAGAGUUGAACACUGGCAAAUAUAUCAUGGUUCAAUAGAUGGUUCAAUUUACAAUUUUUGAUUUUGCAUGAAUGAAUGAAUAAGCACAGAUGUGAAUAAAUUUCCUUUAAAUUUCUAAUAGUUCAACUUUGAAGAAAUUUUUGGGUGAUAUGAGAAAUUUAAAUAGUUAGUUCUGUGUUUUAAAAUUUGUGUUUCAGGCACCCUGUAGAUGUUUGAAUUUUUCAGUUUUGUUUUUUUAAAACUUGGAAAAAAGGAAAGUAAAACAAUAAGGUGUGCCUUAUUUAAUAUUGACUGGGUUUUUGUAUGUUAUGGAAUCUGUUAAUAAAAAUUUCUCCUCUCUGGUUUUAAAUGCAA